CAGGUACCUGGUACCUGGUAUACCGGUACAAGCACCUUGUCAACAAUUGCUGCUGCAGCAUGAGGGUAGCCUACGUACCUUUUGAAAUUUUCAACCUGGAGUGGCGGCAAUCAGCGAAGAUAUUGUUGAGCUACGGAUUUAUUAGUGAAAGGCAUCCAUGUUAGCCAACUGGAUUGCUAGCUAGUGGAACCGUGAUCUAUACUAGUAGCUAGGCUUCUCGCACAGUCGGCCGGGGAUAGGCGGAGCUAGUUUUUAGUUAAGAUACUACGGAUGAGCGAUAACCGACCGUAGGAUCCAUCCACGCUUACAUCGAAGGUUGUAAGUCGAGCUCUUUCAUUCAGUGCUGUCCAUUCGUUUCUUUUUGAGCCCAACAACAGGGCUGGUGAGUUGCUUGGAACGAUUUUGAAGAGAAGAUCGAGGAUCGAGGAGCGAUGACGCUCACUGGGAACGAACAGAUUCGCGCCUUUCUGGACAAGUUGACGGCUUCCACCAACGUCUCCAAAUAUGUGGAGCUGCCGAUGAUUGCAGUCAUGGGCGAGACGUCUAGUGGAAAGUCGUCGCUCUUGUCUUCCAUUUCUGGAGUGGAACUGCCUAGUUCCAGUGAGCUCACAACUCGAUGUCCCAUCAUGCUUCAAAUGAACCGGGCAGAGACGCGAAAGGCUGUCAUUAAUGUCCAGUGGAAAGACAUCCCUGAAGGGAAGAACAAGAAGGAUAUUGAGUUCAAGACUUUGGUAGUAAAAGACGACGAUUGGGAAGAACUUCCAGAUUCCAUUUCAAAUGCACAGAAACAUAUCAUUGCUGCGUCUGGAAAGGAGGUGGCAAGAGAUAUUGUUCACGUGAAAGUGGAGGGGCCACUCUGCGAAGACUUGACACUGGUUGAUCUACCUGGCAUUGUCCGCACCCGUGGAGUCAAUGAAAGUGCUUCGAUUGUCGAGGAUAUCAAGGCGCUGAUUGAUGACUACUUGACCAACUCCCGCUGUGUCAUUCUUGCGGUCGUUCCUGCCAAUGUGGACUUUCACAACUCCCAAAUCAUGGCGGAGGCGCAAAACGUAGACCCCGAAACCAGUCGAACGAUUCCAGUCAUCACAAAGCCUGAUCUCAUUGAUACUGGCGCAGAAGGUGAUGUGGUCGACCUUCUUUUGGGCCGCAAAACAGCCAAGUUUCAAAUGGGGUUCCAUAUGGUCAAAGGCCGUGGUCAGGCGCAGCUUGACAAGAAGCUUUCAAUUCAAGAGAGCUUGCAAUUGGAGGAAGCUUUCUUUCGAAACCAAAUGCCUUGGCGACAAGUAACGGAGAGAAAUCUGUUUGGUACUCAACUUCUGAGAAAGAAGCUAGGGGAGCUACAGCUCGGCCUGAUUCGGGAAAAGCUUCCAUCCAUCAUUGACGAGAUCAGGGAGAAGCAUGAUCAGGCAGCUGAAGAGCUGGCUUCUAUUGGCGAAAUCCCACAGUCGGACAGGGAAAAGAAGAUGUUCUAUCGCGAGGUCUGCGAUGAGCUCCUUCCCUGCAUUGCCAUGAUGGUUCAAGGUACCAGUUUGCGAUCGUCCACUAAGCGUGUUCGAACUUCAGCAGAUUCUGACACGUUGCCAUCCCAGCUCCAUGGAAAAUGCGACGAAUACCAACGAGCCCUGAAGAAAGCAAAGUUUACCCACAUUGCGACAAUUGAAAUAGGAACGGAGGUAGUUGUUUCGUCAGGUCAAGGCACCGUCCACGGUACGGUGGUUGGGAAGAAUGACACCGGUGACUACUUCAUUGACUACCAAGGAAGAGAGAGCCAUAACAAGUAUGAGUUUGUCCUGAAGGCUUCGUGCAAAGACUUGAAAGAAGGAAACGCGAAAGGGAAAACGUGGCGCUCGAACGCUGGUAAUGUUUGCAUUUCUGAUGGUUGCGGCAACUACGAUGAGCUCAAAGCUGUUUCGGCGAAGAAAGUCCAGAGGGACCCUUCAUGGAUCCUGCCUUGGAUGAAGAAGAACCGAACUGACGAGCUCCCUGUCUUCGUCAACAGUGCCGCCUUCCAAGCUAUUGUUAUGAUGUGCAUUGACGGUGAAUAUGUCAAGCCGAGUCAAGCGCUCGUCAAAGAGGCCCAUCAGCUCCUUCUCGAGGCCACUGAUGAUGCACUGAGCAGCUCGAAACAGCUUAAACGAUUUCCAAGUCUGCAAGUUCUUAUCCGUAGAAAGCUGACGGACAAAGCAGCGGCGCUUGCAAAGAGAGCCGAGGAGCAAGUAGAGCACUUCAUCGAGAAGGAGCGCACUCCAUACACGCAAGACCACUAUCUCUUUGAGAAUCUGACGAAGAAAAGAUUUGAGCCAUUCCUUGCCCAACUAAAGAAUGCUCUCGGCUUAGGACCCAGCUCGAUUUCAAGCGAUACCAUGAGCAAGAAGAGUAUUGAGAGCAUCGUUGACGCUGUCUUCGACCGGAACCAACGCAAGUCGAUUGAUGAGCAUAUGGCAGAAGAUAUGCAGGUAACACUCGAUGCAUACGGCAAGGUGGCUCUCAAGCGAUUCAUCGACGGCAUCCCGAUGGAGUGCUGGGACAUGGUACGCAAAUUCCCUGAAGCCACCAAAAGGGCUCUGUUCGAGGUAACUGACCGAGACAUUGAACGAUGCCUGGUCGUGAGCUCGACUGUAGAACGGAGACGAGACGAGUUGAAAGUGAUGGUUGAUGACCUCGGCGCCGGGAUUGACGUGUUGGAAACCCUUUGAAGAAGCGAAGAAAAGAAAGAAUAAAGUUGGAUUGUUGGAUUGAGUUUAUGGUUGCAAUUUGGUUUAACUAAGUAAAGUAUUAAUGAUGUUGUCGAGGUACA